UGUUAUAAAUUCGAGCCAUCAUCGUUGGAUGCAAAUUUCUAAAUAAAUACUAGCUGAACUGAGAAUAAAUUCGGAAUUGUUAAGAGAAAACCAUGGCACUGAGUUAUUUAACAGAAAGUGAAGCGCCCAGAGACUUUCGAGUUUCUUCCACAGAGAGUGAUGGACACUAUACAAAAUGUGUUCUAUGUUAUACAGUGAAAAGAAAUUUUUAUUGCGCAGAUUGUAUACGAAAUGGUAAUUUUGUACACUCCUCAAUGCCUUAUUCGGAUAAUUUUUUAGAAAAACAAGCAAAAUUAAUGAGAUUAAAAAUUAAUAGGCAACAUGUACUAAACAGAUGUGAAAAGUUAUUAGCACCCAAAAUAAAAAAGAAUGAUAUCAUUACUGAAACAAAAAGAUCACGGGAUAGAUUAGAACUGCUACGCUUAGCCAUUGACCAAAGGCGAAAUAAUAUUACAACUAUCAAAGGAAAUCUUAAAGAAUUAUUGGAUUCAAACAAUGAACUGCGAGUUAAGUUGCCAAGAUAUGAGAAGAGAGUGUCAAGUUUGGGAAAACAUGCUCAGCUGCAAAGAAUGGAGCUUCAGAUUAAGAUUAAUACUUUCAAUGACCAAGCUGAGUCUCUCGCCGAACUGAGGAGAUCAAGAAUACGGCAGCUCUACAGAUAUAUAUUUCCAGUGUACAUAAGUUAUGAUGCCAGUGAGAGCAUAGAAGAUCUUGAGUUUGUUGGUGAUGAUGCAGUUGAGGAGCUGCCAAAGAGACCCCAGCUGCAUAUAGUUGCACCUUAUAUAAAUGUCGAUGGAGAGUUUUCACAAAUUCAGUCACCAGGCGGCUGCAGCAAAGAAGGUUGUGGAGCGGCGUCGGCGCGGAUCGGUGCGGCGCUGUCUUUAGCCGCACAGCUUCUGACCCUCAUCGCCUGGACCCUGGACUGUCGCCUGCCGCAGCCGCAUUCUCUCAACGAGUGUGUAGACGUCAGUGGCGGCGGACAGACGCGUUUGUUGCGUUGGGUACGAGCGGCCGGGAGCGUUCUUUGCGCGCGCUCCGCCGUCUCGCCCGAGCAUGCUCGAGGACUCGCCGCUCCGCACGCACUCGCGUUGGCAGCCGCCGCUCAUGAGCCCACACUUGGCAGUGUCGACGCAAAACUUUCGCAUAGCGUGUACGAUGCGUGGCAGCGCGUGUGGGAAGAAGAGGGUGUAUUUGGUGGUGAGGGGGUGGCGGGGGGUGAGGAGGGGGGAGCGGUAGGCGAACCAGAUGACCCGGAGCCCCCCGAGUAUCUGCAGUGGCCGGACACCGAGCAGUUAAAGGAGCUAAGUGGCACGCCUCCGCCGGCCGCGUCGCUCGUCACCUCCGCCGCCGCGUCCAUCGCCUCCAUCUGGCGCGGUUGGAGCAAGUGAUGAUCUCUGACGUCACACUUUUACUCCACCACCCCACACUACUCCAGUCCAAUUAUGGUUUAAAGGGCGUGUUUACACGGCCCGAUGUGAUGUUAUUUUUCGGUAUUAUAAAUACUUACAUAUUUUUUGUUAUAGUAAUACAUUUGACAUUACAAUUGCACCAUUGUCAACAUACGUACAGACACGUACACUCUAUCUAGUCUAAUACAUAAUUAGUACAUAUUAUUAUGAAUACAGAUACAAUUAAAAAUAUACAAUAUGAGAGUUGAGACACUAAUGAUAUGUAACGAGAGUAAUGUUAUUUAAUUAGAUACUUAAUUUUUUAACAAUCUUCCCUACAAUUAAAUAUUGUGUGGAUACAUCACAACUGUGUGCGUGACUGUCGUUACUCUAGCGCAAGCACCGACAGGUCCGUAACUCCGCCUUCCCGCUUAUAAUUCGUGCGUCCGCGUGGUGACCAUACAUUGCGUAAUAAAUUACUUUCGGUUAAGUUUUCUAAUUGGUCAAUUAAUAUUUAUUUCAAUAGUAUUACUAGCUAACCCAACAGACGUUCUUUCGUAAUAAAAAGAUAAGGAUUAAUAUCGUAUUUCUUUAAACAGCUCUUACAUUACCGCUUUAUAAUUGCCAAUUUUUUAAAGUAUAUAAAUGGAUAUAUUACGCUAUCAUUCAAAGAUAGACAUAUGCCAUCGCGGACUUUUCUGUAGAACUAUAUAAGAUACACAAUUCCACCAUACAUUAUUUUGUUUUAUCUCAAGGGGUUUAGACAGAGUUUUCGUUGAAAGCUCCCAGACGGCUUAAUUUUUUCCGACACUUCCAACAAAUAUCGUUAAUUAUGUACAAAAAUUUAUACAAAACCUUUACAAAUUAUAUACCUAAACCUUCAUCGAAAACCACGCUUCCAUUGUCUAAAAUCGGUGCAUCAAAAUGAAAUUCGGUGCUGUAGUUUUUAAUUUUAUCGUGAACAGACAGACAGACGCAGUGAAGGACUUUGUUUCUGUUUUAUUAUAUGUAGUGACGUGACCCUGUGAUUUAUUUAUCAUUGUGAAAGCAAGCCGCAGUGGAAAUGGUACGUCAGUUGGUAUCAUUGGGAUGCGGGGUACACUUCUUCGUCCUUAUAUUUUCCUUUUAGAAUUGUUGCUUCGACUAUAUUGUUGAGUAAAUUUUUCACUGCUAGCCGUGUGCCGUUAAUAUUCCGUAACUUUUUUUUGUUCAUAUAUGACUAUCUGUUAAUACGGCUUUACUCACGUCUUUGUCGGUGUUGGUACCGACUAGUUUCGGACCAUUCGGAUGUCCUUCUCUGGGUGAGUGUGGUGGGUUCGCGAUAACGUCCCACCUUUUACAAAAAGGUUUGUAAAAACGUGAGUAAAGCCGUAUUAAUAGAUAAUUGAAUAAUGACUCACGAAAGUUUUAAUAAUUCAUGUAUGAUCUUCAAAUAUCACGUCCUCACCAGUUGUAAAGGCCGGCAACGCUCCUGUGAUUCCUCUGGUGUUGCAAGAGAUUGUGGGCGGCGGUGAUCACUUAACAACAGGUGACCCGUACGCUCGUUUGUCCUCCUAAAGUUGUUAGUGUCUCACCACGCAUGCGGUAUUAGGUAAGGUGCGUACAAAUUACGCGCGGCAAACCAUCGAACAUAGACGCGUGAAAUGUCGCUUUCGGUUUUUGAGACCGCAUCAAAUGGCCAGGCCACUGCGUUGCGGCGUCGUAUCGCAAAAACAACAUCGUACAGAAAUGCGUACAAAAUCGUAAGAUAAGUCGCUAACCAACGUUUCAGUUUCUAGUGAGACAUGGACCUGAUUAAUUUUUUUACGAUGCGACGACGCAACACACUGUUGUGGCCUGCCCCAAAGAAGGUUCUGUUGUUCGCUAGCGCGGUUGAGUUGUGGUUAUGGCUCGCGCGGCGAAUACGAAUACGUCAAAAUGGACAAUUGACAGUGAAAUUCACUGUUUUGUUACUCGAAAAAGGUAGUGCAGGCUAGUAUAGGAGUCUCCAGGUGCCAGAAAUUUUAAAUUUAUUGCUGAUUUGGCUUACAAGAAUGAACUGCGGGCCUACCAUGAACUCUUAUUGCGAUUCAAUUGACAACCUCAAAUGAACUGCUUUGCUAUUUCUUACUACGACGUGAUUAGAGCUAUCUAAUUUAGGUUGACGUCAAAUCAACUGAUUAAAUCGCAAUGAUGUCAAUUGAAUGUCAAAAAUGAUAUCAACUGAAUCGCAAACUGAUUUAGUUCGUUCAUUCAUUCGUACCAUGAGGUGUUAUUUCAACCUAAACUGGAUAGCUUAUAUGUCAAAGUGAGCGAUUCGGAAGAAGUUACUACUUCCUUAGAGGAAAGUGAAUUGUGUCGUUAAUAACUUUUAAAAAUAGUGAAAACAUACAGAAAAGGAAAAUUUUUUUGAUGAAAGAUGAGGUGAGAAUACUUUAUCGGACUUUUUUGUUAAACAAAAUACUGAAAAUGAAUGCCAAAAAUGAAAAUACUAAACACGAGGCAGUAAGGGCCCGGACUAUAGCCUAUUCGCGAGAACGAAUUAAAAAAAAUGUACUCUGUGGUACUGUCAAAUCAAACAUCAAUGGAGGUGCGUUCAUAACUCGUUAUUUUUACGAAAACACAUAAGUAAACAUUUAAUUUGUAAUUCAAAGUACUAUAUUUAUUUAUAUUUCUAUUAUAUAAUAAGUAUAAAAAAUUGCUUAAUGGUUUAUAAUUUGACGCAAUUGCGCAAUUUUAAAAUGUAUUUUUAGUAUUUUCUACGCAGAAAAACCGCUAAAAUCCUAUCAUUUUAGGUUUCGAAACGCAAUUUUAUUUCGUUCAUUCUUCAUAAGCUAUCCAAACGCCAUUCAGUAAAAGGCACUUCAUGGUACGAAUUUCAGUGAUUCAGUUUAGUUACCUAAACUGAACUGCAUCGGAUUCGCAUCGCUCAUUAAAAGUUGAUGGUAGGCCCUGUGGUCUGUCUAGUUGCCGCGUUCUACAAAAUUUAUAUCAACAUAUUGGCUCGCGCGGCAAAUGAAGGUCAACUCGGGUCGUAUAUGGGCUCGGUCGGCUGCCGCGCGUAAUUUGUACGCACCUUAAUUGUAAUGGUCGCAGAUCCAGUCCCAAGAUACACAAUAGAAUAUCAGAACAAUGUAUCAACACUUGUACAACACAUAGACCGUGGGAUUACCCUGCGCCCCGCACCCCUGGCUCUUGUGAUUGGCCCAAUCAAUCGACAGUGAUAUUAUUUUGUGAUUUUCUUAAUAAAUAUUAAAUAAUGAAA